UAUCGGGCGAUCGAUGCAGUGUGGGUAGCGGGUAUCCAUUCAAAUUCUCACAAAGACUUGACACAAUUUCAUUCCCUUUGACUACCAGACAGUAGAUACCCAAUUUUGAAAUCAUGCGCAUCAUUUCUGCCGCCCUUCUUUCGCUUGCAAGUGUCAACGCAUUUACACCUGCCGUGCUCCGAACACACACCGGAUUCCAAUCUACCGCUCUUUCAAUGUCUACUGUUUCGCAAGACGAACUCAAAAAGCAAGUCGGCUACAAGGCCGUUGAUGACUAUGUCAAGAGUGGAAUGGUUGUCGGUCUCGGAACUGGUUCCACCGCCUACUUCGCCGUCGAACGUGUGGGAAAUCUUUUGAAAUCCGGAGAGCUCAAAGACAUUGUUGCCAUUCCCACCUCGGAACGCACCAAGGAGCAAGCAUUGAGCCUCGACAUCCCCCUUGUUACCCUCGACACCCACUCCAAGUUGGAUGUCGCGAUUGACGGAGCCGAUGAAGUCGACCCCGAUUUGAACCUCGUCAAGGGAGGUGGCGGUGCCCUUCUCCGAGAAAAAAUGGUCGAAGUCAUGGCGGACAAGUUUAUCGUCAUCGGUACGUAGUUCCAUUUUAAGACGCGCAUCGCAUAUCGGUUCGAGUGAUUCGAAAGACCCGAAAAGUUUGGUGUUGUGGCAAACGAACUUUCCACACCCGUGUGAACAGCCGCGAUUUCUUCUCACCCCAUCCGUCCCCUCGCUGGUUUGUAUCCGACUGCGAUGUCUCGCAACGCGCAUUCCCGAAACCCUCCCGCACAACGCACUCGAUUCGUUGCACAUCACCAGUCGAUGAAUCCAAGCUCUGCGAUGGAUUGGGACCCGGAUUCCCCGUUCCCGUCGAGAUCACCCCCUUCUGCCACGAGCACACCAUGAGACAGGUCGCUGCCCUCGAUUCCUGCGCCGGCUGCAAGCCCGUCCUCCGAAUGGGAUCCUCCAGCAGCAACCAGCCCGACGGGGACGAAAUUGCCGUCACCGACAACGGAAACUACAUUGUCGAUCUUCACUUCGAGGAACCCAUCAAGGAUGCCCGAAAGAUGGCCGCCGAUAUCAAGAACGUGUGCGGUGUCGUCGACCACGGACUCUUCUGUGACAUGAGCACGGCCGUGAUCAUCGCCGGAGCCGAUGGAAUUUCCGUCAAGGAAUAAACAGUCUGUACUGUAUACUUACUACGAGGAAUCGCCCUGCCGCUCAAUAUUUUUUGGAAGAGCUCUUGCAUUUUACCUCGAAUCUUCUGGACCACGAGCUACUAGAUAGGCGCAACGAAUUCUUUCGGGCGAAUCGGUAUGCGAACCAAUCGCAGACACACCUGAUCUCGGGCGCAAUAUUUUGAAACUGAAUUUUAACAAACUAUUUCUGAGAAA